AUGCCAAUCGAUUAUAGCAAGUGGGAUAAACUUGAGCUCAGCGAUGACGAAGAUUUCGAGUGUCACCCAAAUGUUGACAAAGCUUCUUUUAUCCGUUGGAAACAGGCAGAAAUUCACCGAAAACGUGAAGAACGCCGUGAAAAAAUAGAAACUCUCAAAAAGCAAAUCGCCCAAGAUGAUGAAUUGCUUGUACGUAUCGACGACAUGAUCCAGCAGGUGGAAAGCGAGGGUGUGGAUGUGUUCUCGAAGAAGCACGAAGAGCUUCAGGAGGCAAGCCAAAAAAAGGACUAUGAACAAGAAAUGAAGGAAAGAGAAGCUUGGAAGAAUAAUGUGGAACCGCUAGAUUUUCCUCCCAAACCCCUACCAACUUUGGAUGAUAUGAUGGAAGCUUUAUUUAAAAAUAUUAAAGAUGAGCUUGAAAUGGAAAAGUUAGAGCUAGUGAGUGAAAAUUUGGUAGAAAAGUUGAGAUUCCAUCGUAAUAAGUUGGCCGAUCAACAGCAGAUUGCUAGGAGAGAAUUGGCAACUGAAGAAGCAGAAGCCAAAAAAAAGAUCACAAUGGAUGAUAUCCACACUGGAUUUGAUAAAACGGCUGUCACUAAAGUCACGAAACCUGAACUGCCAAAACCUACAAAGAAAACCGAAAAAAAGACGCAAAAAGUUAUCGAAGUUUUGAAUCCUAAUGCUAAAUUAAAACCUUUAGAUGAAGCACCCAAAAAGGAAGAGAAUUUAGAGGAUGAAGACGAAGAGAUAGUCAUGUCAGAUAUUGCUAGAGAGUUUUCAAAAAUUAAAGAUUACGAGGGAAGCUAUAAAUAUAUAUCCAAGCAUCCCGAAGUAGUGAAUCAGGAAAUAGUUGAUCAAAUAUUGGCAGAAGCAUUCCAAUCUCAACUGAAAGGCAAAGCAAAAUAUUCUAAACAAUGUGUGCAUCAAGCAUGGCUUCUACAAUAUUGUCAACAAUUGGGUAAAGAUGGUGUUACUCUCUUCUUUAAAAGAAUAACAUCACCGGAAGCCCAGGAACAAGCGCGUAAAAUAUUUAACAAUGACGUUGAAGAGACAUACGCUCGUAUAAUUGAGCGAUGUAAAGUCAUGGAGGAAGAAAAAAAAAAAGAUCCAAAACAAACCGAACAAAUCCAAAUUGAAGUAGUUGAUCCAAACAGUUCUAUCAUGAUACGAAUUCCCAAAAAAGAUUCAGAAGACCCUACGGAAAAAGAAGCAUAUGAAACGUACUUGACGCUUCCCAACGAUUUUAGAGACGCGCUUGAAACAGGUGAAUUGGCAAAGAUUAACAAAGAACUCGGUAAAAUGCCUGUUGAAUUAGCGGAAAAUGUCUUGCAAAUAGUUGGCGAAGCUGGGGUUCUCUCAAUCGAAGAGGGAGUUAUUGAUACGACUAAAGGCGAAACUAUCGAAGCACGAGAAGCUGCUGCCGCAACAAAUGCCGCCGCUACUGCCAAUGAAGACAGUAUGGAAGCAUAA